CACGGCCGGAGCGGAGCGCAGCAAGACGCGAGUCUGAAGGAACCGAUCUGGCUCGUCUCUCUAUCGGAACAAAUCAACUACUUUCUCAGCUCAUUCUAAUCGAAGACCGCCCGUGAAUGGAUUUCUCCCGGAUUUGCCCAGACUAACAUGGAUGCCCCACCGUUAGCUGAGUGGGAAGGUUGUUUUUUGGCGCAGUGAGCUGGACACGCAGCGCUUGCUAAUGGAUCUGGGGAAACGAAUGAUACCUUCUCCCUGACUGACCAUGCCGUGAUCUUGCGCGUGGGCCGUCACCCUGCUUAACGUCAAAAGAAACAUUUCGGGGGAAUCUACCGAUCCAGGGAAUAAAUAGUGUGGCAUCACACAGACACCAUGAAGAUUACCUCCCCACUCAUAAGUAAAGCGAGAUUCAGGUGCACCGUCAGGCUUCUACUGCUGCUAUUACUAUGUGUGGGAUAUUCUCGCGGGAUGCCACACGUUUUAAGAUUUGGAGGAAUAUUCGAGUCCAUUGAGUCGGGGCCGUCAGGUGCUGAGGAACUAGCCUUUAAAUUUGCUUUAAAUACAAUCAACAGGAACAGAACCCUACUGCCAAACACAACGCUAACAUACGACAUCCAACGGAUAAACAUCUACGACAGCUUCGAAGCCUCCAGAAAAGCCUGCGACCAACUAUCUCUGGGGGUGGCGGCCAUCUUCGGCCCCUCCCACAGCUCGUCGGCCAAUGCGGUCCAGUCCAUCUGUAACGCGCUUGGCGUGCCCCACAUCCAGACCAAAUGGAAGCACCAGGUGUCUGACAACAGGGACUCCUUCUACGUCAGCCUCUACCCAGACUUCUCCUCUCUCAGCCGUGCCAUUCUGGACCUCGUUCACUUCUUCAAGUGGAAGACGGUCACCGUUGUCUAUGAUGACAGCACAGGUCUUAUUCGGUUACAGGAGCUCAUAAAGGCUCCAUCUCGCUACAACAUCCGCUUGAAGAUCCGCCAGUUGCCAGCGGACACCAAGGACUCCAAGCCUCUCCUCAAGGAGAUGAAGAGAGGGAAGGAGUUCCACGUCAUCUUUGACUGUGGACACGAAAUGGCUGCCGGCAUCCUAAAACAGGCUCUUGCUAUGGGGAUGAUGACAGAGUACUAUCACUACAUCUUCACCACACUGGACCUGUUUGCGCUGGACGUGGAGGCCUACCGUUACAGUGGGGUGAACAUGACUGGCUUUAGGAUCCUGAAUACGGAGAACAGCCAAGUGGCCUCCAUCAUAGAGAAGUGGUCCAUGGAACGCCUGCAGGCCCCGCCCAAACCUGACUCUGGCCUACUGGACGGCUUCAUGACGACGGACGCUGCGCUCAUGUACGAUGCCGUGCACGUGGUGGCCGUGGCCGUGCAGCAGUCUCAGCAGAUCACUGUCAGCUCCCUACAGUGCAACAGACACAAACCCUGGCGCUUUGGGAACAGAUUCAUGGCCCUCAUCAAAGAUGCCCACUGGGAUGGCUUGACUGGGCGGAUCACUUUCAACAGAACCAACGGCUUGAGGACAGACUUUGACCUGGAUGUGAUUAGUCUGAAGGAGGAUGGACUGGAGAAGAUUGGAACAUGGGACCCUCCUAGUGGCUUGAACAUGACAGACCACCAGAAAGGGAAGACAUCCAAUGUCACAGAUUCCUUAGCCAACAGAUCUCUAGUUGUCUCCACCAUACUGGUGGAGCCCUAUGUGAUGUUCAAGAAGUCGGACAAGCCCCUUUACGGUAACGACCGCUUUGAGGGUUACUGUAUCGACCUGCUGAGGGAGCUGGCUAGCAUCCUGGGGUUCACCUACGAGUUGCGUCUGGUGGAGGACGGCCGCUACGGGGCCCAGGACGAGAUUACGGGCCAGUGGAACGGCAUGGUCAAGGAGCUGAUCGACCACAAAGCUGAUCUGGCAGUGGCUCCCCUGGCCAUCACCUACGUGAGGGAGAAGGUCAUCGACUUCUCCAAGCCCUUCAUGACACUGGGGAUAAGUAUCCUCUACCGCAAGCCCAAUGGAACCAACCCUGGGGUCUUCUCCUUUCUCAACCCCCUCUCACCCGAUAUCUGGAUGUAUAUUCUGCUGGCUUACUUGGGUGUCAGUUGUGUGCUGUUUGUCAUAGCCAGGUUUAGUCCCUACGAGUGGUAUAACCCCCACCCCUGCAACCCCGACUCAGAUGUAGUGGAAAACAAUUUCACCCUGCUAAAUAGUUUCUGGUUCGGAGUUGGAGCUCUCAUGCAGCAAGGCUCUGAGUUAAUGCCCAAAGCCCUGUCCACCAGGAUCGUAGGAGGCAUCUGGUGGUUCUUCACCCUGAUAAUCAUCUCCUCCUACACGGCCAACCUGGCUGCCUUCCUCACUGUAGAGAGGAUGGAGUCGCCCAUCGACUCAGCUGACGACCUGGCCAAGCAGACCAGGAUAGAGUAUGGAGUGGUGGAGGAAGGAUCCACCAUGACCUUCUUUAAGAAAACCAAGAUCUCCACAUACGACAAGAUGUGGGAGUUUAUGAGCAGUCGGAGGCACUCUGUGAUGGUGAAAGAUAUUGACGAAGGGAUCCAUCGAGUUCUCACCUCGGACUACGCCUUCCUCAUGGAGUCCACCACCAUCGAGUUUGUCACCCAGCGCAACUGCAACCUUACGCAGAUAGGGGGUCUCAUCGACUCCAAAGCCUACGGUGUGGGAACCCCCAUGGGCUCUCCGUACAGAGACAAGAUCACCAUAGCGAUCCUGCAGCUGCAGGAAGAAGGAAAGAUGCACAUGAUGAAGGAGAAGUGGUGGAGGGGGAACGGUUGUCCGGAGGAUGAGAAGAAUAAGGAGGCCAGCGCUCUGGGGGUCCAGAACAUCGGGGGCAUCUUUAUCGUCCUGGCGGCUGGACUCGUCCUGUCGGUGUUCGUGGCAGUCGGAGAGUUCAUCUAUAAGUCCAAACAAAACGCACAGCUGGAAAAGCCCCAACGGCACCAAGGUGAUAGGAAGCGUGAGGAGUUCUGCUGUCACCACGGACCCUCCAAGCAGCUACCUGUAGACUUUAACCACCAGCUCAAAUGACCUCCAGAAAGACUCCAGAGACUCCAGUCAUCUACAUUUACCUUACAAUGCACAAAUUGUACUUUUUUAACUUCAGAUAGUUCCCGAUUGGGAAGUCUCCUGUCAGAAGAACUGGCAGCAAUGUUAUGGUCACAACGUUUGAAUGAAAAGUUGCCAUUGGUGCAUGGUUGGGUGUAUGUUUUCGAAAGGCGGCCCUAAAACUAUAGGUGCAGGGUUUCACACGAUGGGAUUGGAAGGUUGGCCCAAAUGCAUGAUCCAUAAUGCUGAAGUAACUGUCACCAGUCUUCAUGUCACCCUCAACACACAGCCACAUCAAUCCUCUCCCAAAAAACACAUUGUUAUUAUCAGAUACAAACUUUUGGACAGACAAGCCAAACUGAAUCAAGCUAUAAUUGCAAACUCUGAAGGCUUGGUUUUGAAAACACAUGUAAGCUUUCAGAUAUUAUAACAUACUAACUACUCUACUGAAUAAUCUCAUAUUGAAAGUGUAAUGCUACAACAACACAUCACUCGUUGUCAACAGCAUGUAAACAUUUUGAUGUUCCCCUUAAUCCCAUGUCCUUCCUGUCUUGUCCUUCUUGUCCUGACCUGUCCUUCCUCUCUGGUCCUUUCUGUCCUUCCUGGGAUUUCUGUCCUGUCCUUCAUGUCCUGUCCCGUCCUGUCUUUCCUUUCUAACACAGUGCUCUCUCACCCAACAACAGUCUCAUAAAUCUCAAACGCCAACCCCUACUUAGCUCUCCACAGGAGCCUGGUCUGCACUAAGAGCUUUCUUCUACACCCUCCAUCGAUCCCACAAUGCAGUGAUGCUGCUGCUGCUUCUUGGCCAUAAGCCCCCAUAUCAAUGAUUCACAGCAUCUAGUCAUGAAGUGAUGUUCACAGAGUCCUUCUGUCAACGACAACACACACACACACACACAGCACAGCACUACACCCACAGAGCAGCCAUGGUAGACGGGAGGGGAGGUCCCCCAUCAAUAGGAUGUCAUUUAAAGAAUCCUAAAGAAUGAUAUGGCUAAUAAAAACCCAUAAGGAAGGAAGGUUGGUAGUGAGUAGAGUAGGGAGUAAUAGUCAGCCGAGCCAGAGAAAAGAGAAGGAGUGAUGAUUUAAUAGAAACCUCAACAUCGUUUGAUGUUGAUCAUGAUCUCUUCCUGGUGUUCUUCAGCGUGUCUUUGUGUCAGACACAGCAGUUGAGGAAGAUACGUUUCACACUCUUAUCAGCUCAGAACUAGGUGGAGGAGCGUGUCAAACAGAUAUAUCCAGACAGAGAAUAGAACAGACAGAGAAUAGAAUAGACAGAGAAUAGAAUAGACCUCACUCACAUAUCUCACUCACAUAUCUCACUCACAUAUCUCACUCACAUAUCACAUAUCUGUUUCAAGAUUAGUUGUUAGAUGUCAGUCCAUUUAACAUUUUAUUUUCACACUACCUGUGCCUAUAUGCUACAAUUAUAUAAGUUGUGUACCUCAAUAUUUUAACACCCAAUUGAUAACCGACAAAGGUGUAUAUUGCUUUUCAUAAAUUCUCAUAAUCAAUCUUUUUUUUUUAUGUCAGAUGAUCUGAGAAGCAAUACAUGUUUUACUCAUCCAAAGCAAAUAGACAUUUUCCAAGAGGUUUGAGUGUCACACAAUCAUAACGUGUAUUUUAGUAUGUGUGGCCCAUUGCUACUGUUUUAACUGUUAAACCUUGACACGAUAUGCAGAGUACCAAGUGUACCAAGUAUUCCCAUAUCAAUUCAAUAAUUAGUCACAUUUGAAAAUACCUGAUAUUUUAUUUAAUUGCACAAGAUCCUUUACUUGAAUGUGUCGACAGUACAGGGUUGUAUUUUCACCGCGAUGCUGAAAGUGUCAACUUGAAAAUGUUCUACUAAGCAUCUCUUUGUUGGGUUUGUCAUGCUUGAUAGCGCACACCCUGCAAUUUGCAUUUUUUAAAGUACCAGUCAGAAGUUAGGACACACCUACUCAUUCAAGGACUUUUCUUUCUUUUUACUAUUUUCUAUAUUGUAGAAUAAUAGUGAGGACAUCAAAACUAUGAAAUCAUGUAGUAACCCCAAAAUAUUUUUUCUAUUUUAGAUUCUUCAAAGUAGCCACCCUUUGCCUUGAUGACAGCUUUGCACACUCUUUGCAUUCUCUCAACCAGCUUCAUGAGGUAGUCACCUGGAAUGCAUUUCAAUUAACAGGUGUGCCUUGUUAAAAGUUUUAUUUUGUGGAAUUUAUUUCCUUCCUAAUGCAUUUGAGCCAAUCAGUUGUGUUGUGACAAGGUAGAGGUGGUAUAUAGAAGAUAGCUCUAUUUGGUAAAAGACUAAGUCCAUAUUAUGGCAAGAACCGCUCAAAUAAGCAAAGGGAAAUAACAUUCCAUCCUUAAUUUAAGACAGGAAGGUCAGUCAAUUCGGAGAAUGCCAAGAAUGUUCAAAGCUGUCA